CGGUGACAUCCAAGGCGGCAGAGCCUCUGCUAGGACACGCUGGGCUAUGGGGACAGGUUGGGCGUGGCUUUCAGGUCCGCGGGCCGCCAAAAUGGGAAGGGAGGAGUCGCAGAGGGACCGCGCGAAGGCUCCGUCCCACGAAAGGACUGGCUGCGCCCCGGAACCAGGACGCAGAGCUUCCCUGUUCCAAGCGGGAACAGAUUGAGAACAUCCAACAAUAUAUAUUUUGUGUGGACGGAUAAAACCUAAGAAAGGAGGCCCAGGGGCUGCAGUGGCUCCGUCCUCCCAGCACCCGCGGCCCGGGGUCUGCGAAGCUCUCCGCCCCGCCCAGGGAAGCAGCGAUGCCUGGCGGAGCCUGCGCGCUGGCGACCGCGCUGCUGAUGCUCCUGGCCCCGGGGGAAGGUCGGCGAGCUCAGGAGUGCUCUCCUGAGGGACACCAGUUUCUUCGGAGUCCUUAUAGAAGUGUCCAUUUUGACUCAUGGCACCUCCAGCAGUCAGCCAUUCAAGACUUAAUAUGUGACCAUUCCCUCUCCCCCGGAUGGUAUAGAUUUCUCAUCUUUGACAGACCUGCUGAGAUGCCAACCAAAUGUGUUGAGAUGAACCGUUGUGGAACUCAGGCACCCAUCUGGCUGUCUCUGAGAGAUUCAGAAACACUGCCACCUCCUGGGGAGAUGAAGCAAUUGUCAGCUUGUGCCACAUGGCAGUUUUUGUUCAGUGAUACGAAAGACUGCUGUCUGUUUCAAAUCCCAGUGUCUGUAAGGAACUGUGGGAACUUUUUUGUGUACUUACUACAACCAACUCAGGGAUGUAUGGGCUAUUGUGCGGAAGCUAUUUCUGAUGCACAGUUAUACCCAUGUGGCCCUGAUGAAACUGAAAUAGGAGGUGAUUGUGUUGGUCACCUGGCUGCCCCAUUUCCACCUCCUCCUGCAGGAAGGCCGGAGGUUCUGGUGGAGGUGAUUGAGUCCAGGCUUUUCUGUAGAUGUUCUUUUGAUGUUCCCCCUACAAACAACUCAGUGGGAUUUUACAUAGCUUGGUCUAGGCUUUCUUCUCAAGAAGUCAAAGAGGAGCUGAAACAAGAGACCACAGUUCAGGCAUUCUCUCUUUUAGAACUUGAUGGCAUAAAUCUCAGACUUGGAGACAGGAUACUCUGUCGUGCUUCUGUUUUUUUCUUGGAGAAUCCACAUGUACAAAGUAUAGCCAUUGAAAGCCAAGAAUUUUUUGCGGGCAUUAAGCUACAGCCUGAAUUGAGCACUAUAUCAGAGGAUGGGAAAGAAUACUACCUGAGGAUAGAAAGCACAGUUCCUAUUAUUUGUUCUGAAUUUAGUGUGCUUGAUCAAGAAUGUAAAAUCUCAUUAAAACUGAAAACUAUUGAUCAAGGUAAAGAGCACCUAGGCUUAAAUUUGGCACUGUCUUCCUGUCAUAUGGACCUUCACCAGACAUCUUCCUGUGCUAAUGGAACCUGUAGCCACACUUUUGUGUACUACACUGCUGUCACAGAUUUCUCUCGAGAUGGAGAUAGAGUUACAAGCAUUGUAGUGCAGCCAAUAGUUAAUGAGGAUUUCCUGUGGAACAGCUACACUCCAGACAGCAUCCAGAUCAGAGUAAAGGAUGUCCCAACUGCUUACUGCUAUUCAUUUACUGACCCACAUAUAAUUACAUUUGAUGGCAGGGUAUAUGAUAAUUUCAAGACUGGAACGUUUGUGCUUUAUAAGAGUACAUCACGUGAUUUUGAAGUCCACGUACGUCAAUGGGACUGCGGAAGCCUUCACUACCCAGUGUCAUGUAAUUGUGGAUUUGUUGCCCAAGAAGGAGGUGAUAUAAUUACUUUUGAUAUGUGCAGUGGUCAGCUACAUGAAUCACAACCGUAUUUACUCGUAAAAAGCCAAGAUGUAACCAGGAAUAUCAAGAUAAGUGAAUCUUACUUAGGAAGAAAAGUCACAAUCUGGUUUUCUUCUGGGGCAUUCAUCCGUGCCGAUCUUAGUGAAUGGGGCAUGAGUCUGACGCUCAGAGCCCCUGGUAUAGAUUACGGAAACACUCUGGGACUUUGUGGAACCUUUGAUGAAAAUGCAGAGAAUGAUUUCCAUGACAAAAAUGGGAUCCAAAUUGAUGAAAAAUUUAACAAUUAUGCUGCUUUUAUUAAUGCAUGGAGGAUUUUACCAGGAAAAAGCAUGUUUGACACACUGCCAAUUUCUAUGACGUCACCUGCAAAGCCAUCCUAUUGUAGCUGUUUGUUGGACACUGCUUCACUGUAUCCAUCUUCCGAUGAUCUGGACAGUGUUUCUCAAUCAGAAAUUGUUUCGGGUUGCAAAGACCUCAGUCAUGUCAAGUUAUCUUCUUUGAUACCAGAACUAGAUAUCACCUCUGAAUAUAUUAAUUCAGAUGCACUUGUUGGAGAGAUGAACAAGUAUACAUCUCAAGAAGAAUAUGAUUUAAAUUUCCUUCCCCAAGGAAAAAAACAUAUAAACCUCACCAAACUAGACUUAAAUGUACAAAAACAUCCUGGAAAUGAGAAACAAGAUGCACUAAAAUAUUUGGACAAUAAGAGAUAUACAGAAGGUCAAGAAAGCCAGAGCCAAGAAAUGAGGUGGAAUCAACAAAACAGACGGAAACGACGGAACUUUUAUGAGUUUCUUCCUUUGUUUGCUUUCCCGAGUCUCAGCCAAACGGAUCUGGAAGAACUUACUUAUUUUUUCCCAGAGGACCAUGCUGAGGAUGUACAGCAAGAGUUUGUCCCCUCUUGGCCCACACCCUCUGGCCUCACUGAAUACAGCACCUUGACCCUCUGUCAGCAGACUCUUGCCAACUCCAGCAUAGGAAGACUCUGUGUUGCUUUUCUUGGCAAGAGACUAGACAGUGUUAUAGAUAUGUGUGUGAAGGAUGUUCUGUUAAAAGAUGAUCUUAGCUGGGCAGAAGCAGGUGUGGCCCUUUUAGAAAAUGAAUGUGAAAAGAGGAUUGUGGAGGAGGGGAAAUAUAACACAGAAGAGUAUGGCACGUCAAUUGAAGACAUUCUCUUAGUGUUAAAAUGCCCCAAUUUAUGCAGCGGCAAUGGGCAGUGUAUGGAAUGGGGCUGUGCAUGUUCCCCAAACUUUAGUUCUUAUGAUUGCAGUGAUUCUGAAGACAAACCUCCUGAAAUUACAGAGCUUGGGAAUGCUGGAUUCUGUGAUGUUCAAAAGUAUGAUUGUAUGAUGGUGAGAGUCUUUGGAAAAGGAUUCAAAGAAUUACCUUCAAUUAAAUGUGAAGUUACCAAGCUACAGUAUAAUAACAGUGAAUGGAUGCCUGGAAAACCCAUCUAUACACAGACUGUUUUCCAAAAUAGCAGAGCUGUUGAUUGUCAGCUGCCCAUUGAUGUUCAGCAGUUUGAUACCAUAGAUCUGGUGGGUGAGAAACCAAUUGGGAAGUGGCAGUUGAAGGUAUCUAAUGAUGGUUAUAAAUUCAGUAAUCCUAAAAUAAUGGUCAUAUAUGAUGGUGCUUGUCAAGUUUGUGGUCUCUAUAAAAAUGACUCAUGUACUAUAAAGGAAAAUGUUUGCAUUAUUGAUGGACUCUGCUACUUUGAAGGAGACAAAAGUCCAACCAGCCCUUGUUUGGUGUGUAGACCCAAAAUUUCAACAUUUACUUGGUCAUUUUUAGAAAACAACCAGCCCCCAGUGAUUCAAGCAUUGCAAGACAAAUUGCAGACAUUCUAUGGUGAAAACUUUGAGUAUCAGUUCGUGGCCUUCGAUCCAGAAGGUUCAGACAUCCAUUUUACUUUGGACUCUGGUCCUGAAGGAGCAAAUAUUUCCUCUGCAGGGCUUUUUAUGUGGAAAACAGACUUACAAACUCCCCAACAGUUUACUCUACGCCUUAAUGAUGACUGUGAUGCAGAAACUAGAGUCCUGAUUGAGGUGACUGUGAAGUCUUGUGAUUGCUUGAAUGGUGGAUCAUGUGUGUCUGAUAGGAAAUCCCCUCCAGGGAGUGGAGUGUACCUGUGUAUCUGCUUGCCUGGCUUCCAUGGCAGUCUUUGUGACGUGGCCAUUAGUGGGUGCCAAUCCAACCCCUGUGGUCUUGGCAGAUGUAUUAGUGGUUUUCAUAGUUAUUCCUGUGAUUGUCCACCUGAGCUCAAAGGCAAACAUUGCCAGGAAGACGUUGAUGAGUGUGACUCCAAGCCUUGCUUUGAGGGAGUAGAAUGCCUCAAUUCCUUUGGUUCCUAUCACUGUGCUUCAUGUCCAAAAGGAUUUUAUGGUGAUGGAAAAAUAUGCCAUGUUGAAACACAGUUUUUAAGUAAGUUUACUACACAAACUGUGGUUCUCACGAGAUCUGAUGAAAGUGUAAAUAAGGAAGAGGAUGAUAAAAAUGCCCAAGAGAGAAAGAGGUAUAUUAAGCCAACAGAUGGAAAUUCCCUUAGUAUAAAUUUUCAGCCACCAUCAACAGAAUAUUCACUAAUUGGUACAAGAUUUACCCCGACUCCUGCUACUAUCAAAAAGUUAUUGUGCACAACCAACAUCUCCUGCUUGUCACUAAAAUCAAUUACAUCUCAAAUGGAUAAUUCAAUAAAGACUGUUUACCAUCAGAUAUCAGGUUUUGAACAUGUGGAUCAUAGUCUCAGUACAAAUCGCAGUUUGGAUGAGUUGGAAGUUUCUAUGAAGAACAGUAGCUCUUUCAGCAUGAGCCCAAACAGCACCCAUGGCAAAGCAAAAGGUGAUAUCCAGAGCACCAUCCAAACAGAGACAGGAGGGUAUAAUUCUCAAAUUAGCAGGUCUCCCCAAGGUGACAUACAGUAUAAAGAGGAGUUUGUGUCAUCUGUUACCAAAGCAAUCACUAUUUUGCCAGAAAAGUUUGGAUCAACCAGAAUAUCACCUUGUGCAGACUUGCCCUGUUUUCUUGGUGUUUCCUGUGUGCGAAGCUCAGAUGGUCACUUCAAAUGUGGACGCUGCCCUUUUGGGUAUUAUGGAGAUGGUAUCAAUUGCAGAGCCAUUUGUAGAUAUCCAUGUGGAAAAAGUAGAGAGUGUGUUGCCCCAAACAUCUGCAAAUGUAAACCUGGUUACAUUGGUUCUAACUGCCAAACUGCUCUUUGUGACCCUGAUUGCAAAAACCAUGGAAAAUGUAUUAAGCCUAAUGUUUGUCAGUGUCUUCCAGGACACAGUGGAACAACCUGUGAUGAAGAACAUUGUAACCCACCUUGUCAAUAUGGUGGCACAUGCAUGGCUGGCAAUCUCUGUACUUGUCCCUAUGGUUUUGUAGGACCAAGGUGUGAAACAAUGGUUUGUAACAGGCACUGUGAAAAUGGAGGCCAAUGUCUUACACCAGAUAUUUGCCAGUGCAAGCCUGGCUGGUAUGGACCCACCUGUAGUACAGCUUUGUGUGACCCUGUUUGCCUCAAUGGUGGUUCGUGUAAUAAGCCAAACACUUGCCUCUGUCCAAAUGGAUUCUUUGGUGCACAGUGUCAGAAUGCUUUCUGUCACCCUCCCUGUAAGAAUGGUGGCCACUGCAUGAGAAAUAAUGUAUGUGUCUGUCGUGAAGGAUACACUGGUAGGAGAUGCCAAAAAAGCAUCUGUGAUCCUCUGUGCAUGAAUGGAGGAAAAUGCGUGGGACCAAACACUUGCUCUUGUCCUUCUGGUUGGAGUGGGAAACAAUGCAGCACACCUAUCUGCUUGCAGAAAUGUAAAAACGGUGGUGAAUGCAUUGCUCCCAGCGUAUGCCAUUGUCCUUCCUCCUGGGAAGGAGUGCAGUGUCAAAUACCAAUUUGCAACCCAAAAUGUCUUUAUGGAGGCAGAUGCAUAUUUCCGAAUGUGUGUUCCUGCCGCACUGAAUAUGCUGGAGUCAAAUGUGAGAAGAAAAUACAGAUCAGACGCCACUGAGUAGCAUCGAGUAUAUGAAUUAAAAGUCUGUAUCUUAAGAACGGAACUGUGUUGUUCAGAAAAAGUUGGAGAUAACUCGACGUUUAUUUGAACAUCAUUUAAAAAAUAUCUUAAAGACUAAAGAAACUAAUAAAAUAUAUAAUGAUCCCAGUUGUAAUUAUUAGAGAAAAGCAAAGAAGAAAUCCAGGUAAUCUAAAUUGGAUGUUGAGUUGGAAUAGAAUAUUUACAUAUUGAGAUGAUGUAUCUGAUAUUCCAUCCAUUUGCAAUAUUUAAUAAACUAAAUAUUUUCUCAGCCCU